AUGUUGGUGGCAUCCUAUUGGUCGUUGCUGGCACCGGCGAUAGACAUGGCAGAGGAUUCGGGAAAGUAUGGCUCGUUUGCGUUCGUCCCUGUGGUGGUGGGCUUUGCCCUCGGCGCAGCCUUCGUCUACCUGGCUGACCUCAUGAUGCCUGCUCUGGGUGUUGGGUGGACCCCCCACAUAGCCCUGGCCCUGCCCCCAGACUCCAAACUGGCCAAGGAGGAGGACCCCCUGUUCCCAGCCUCAGACGAGAUGACCAUCAGGAUAGAUAAGCUUGAGAACGGAGGAGACGUGUACCAAAGGAGGAAAGGCCCCUACGCCGAUGCUGGCUCUUCAGACUCCGAGGGACAGGAAGUGGGCAGUCGGCAACAGGAUGGGGCAGGGCAAACAGGAAGCAGCUGGAGGCGCAUCGUCCUCCUGAUCCUGGCCAUCACCAUCAACAUCCCAGAGGGCCUUGCUGUUGUUGUAGGGUUCAGAGCCAUAGGAAAGACCUCAUCGGCCACGUUCGAGAGUGCCAGAAACUUGGCCAUUGGCAUAGGUAUCCAGAAUUUCCCAGAGGGCCUUGCGGUGAGCCUCCCUCUGCGAGGUGCAGGGAUGUCCACGUGGAAAGCCUUCUGGUAUGGACAGCUCAGUGGUAUGGUAGAACCAAUCGCCAGGUUGCUAGGCGCCGUUGCCGUGGUGCUUUCAGAACCACUGUUGCCAUACGCCCUGGCCUUCGCUGCCGGGGCCAUGGUGUAUGUGGUGGUUGAUGACAUUAUCCCAGAGGCUCAACUCAGUGGGAACGGUACGUUGACUUCCUGGACCUCCAUCCUGGGCUUUGUAGUGAUGAUGUCACUGGACGUUGGGCUGGGCUGA